UCUGGAUCAAGAUCAAAUGCCUUCAUGAGGUUUAAGACAACCGCCAAGGAUGGCCUGUUGCUGUGGAGGGGAGACAGCCCGUUGAGAGCCAACAGUGACUUCAUUUCCCUGGGCCUUCGGGAUGGAGCGCUGGUGUUCAGCUACAACCUGGGCAGUGGUGUGGCUUCCAUCAUGGUGAAUGGCUCCUUCAGCGAUGGCCGGUGGCACCGAGUCAAGGCUGUUAGAGAUGGCCAGUCUGGGAAGAUUACGGUGGAUGACUAUGGAGCCAGAACAGGCAAGUCACCUGGCAUGAUGAGGCAACUUAACAUCAAUGGGGCUCUGUAUGUGGGUGGAAUGAAGGAAAUCGCUCUUCACACCAACAGACAGUACAUGCGAGGCCUCGUGGGCUGCAUCUCCCAUUUCACACUGUCCACUGAUUACCACAUUUCCCUUGUGGAAGACGCUGUGGAUGGGAAAAACAUCAACACUUGUGGGGCUAAGUAACACCAGCUGGCCUUGUCCAAGGGACAUAGCCUCUAUCCUGAACAUCCCAGGGGCCCAGAGAUCCUGCCUGAUGCUGCACACAGAGGUCUGGGAAUCAGGUGUGGUUCCUGUCAUCAAGGACAAAGUACACCCUGAUGGGAACCAAGACUGGAGGCCCUGGAUGGCCUUCUCUGCAAACGCUCUGUGGGCCAAGCCCAAUGAACUACUGUGGAUAGGAAGCAUUGGACUUUGUGGUUCAACAUAUAGAGUCUGUGAGAGAUCAUACAUCGCAUCAAGUUCCAGGGACUGUCUGCUGUAACUCAAUGGCUAUGUUGUGUUAAAGAAUGAGAGCAAGACUGAGUGAAAAAGAGAGUGAGUGAGCAAGAGAGAAUCAGAGAGAGAGAGAGAGAGAGAGAGAGAGAGAGAGAGAGAGAGAGAGAGAGAGAGCCCACAGAACAGUAUUAAAAUACUUCUGCCCUUCCCUGACUUCUGACACUAGCAGACUGAUUGUGUGACCCUGAACUUCAUACUCUAAUCUUGGCCUACGGAUUGUGUAGAUUAACCCCUUCCAUCCCUCACUGGCUGACUCAAUGUGCUCUCACUAGUCCACAAAAAUAAAGGUUUGGGGGAAAUUACACAUAGAAUCAUAAUCAUCCUGUGGCUCAUACUGUGGCCCCCUUCCCCAAGCUUACCUCUAAUGCAAAAGUCCUUUUUUAUGAUGCAAAUUGAAGAAAAUGGGCAGCACCCCUCCCCCCGAUUUUGUAGCUGUACUUUUGUAUGUGUCUAUUUUUAUAGCCGCAGACUGUCCACACUGACAGUGUGCUUUUUUUUGCAAGUGAAGGCGGAUGGUCUUAACUAUGGCACACUUUCCUAACAGUUUUCUGGCAAAUGAGAUAGGUUUGGG